GUGAAUGCGGGGUCCGGGGAGACCAGAUAUAGUGAAUGCAGGGUCCAGGGGAGACCGGAUAUAGUGAAUGCAGGGUCCGGGGAGACCAGAUAUAGUGAAUGCAGGGUCCGGGGAGACCAGAUAUAGUGAAUGCAGGGUCCGGGGAGACCAGAUAUAGUUAAUGGUCCGGGGAGACCAGAUAUAGUGAGUGCAGGGUCCGGGGAGACCAGAUAUAGUGAGUGCAGGGUCCUGUGUUUAGUAACACUUUAACCCUUGCAGUGAUGGAGAGCCCCACUGUAGAGCUGGCCAUACACUGAGCUUCAUAGGUGGC